AUGUCUUGGACUGGAUUCAAAAAGGCAGUUACUCGUGCAGGCGGGUCCGUCACCGUCAAGAGUGUCGACAAGACCAUGGACAAAGACUUUGACACCGAGGAAAGAAGAUACAAGACUUUGAAAUCAGCAGGUGAGACUUUGCAAAAGGCAUCAAAGGGAUACUUGGACCACAUCAGAGCAGUCACCAGAUCUCAAGUUGUUAUUGCUGAGAUUGUCUCCAACUUGUACGAGGAGUCCAAGCAAGGACAAUCUGCAUACACGGCAUUGGGAACCUACUACCUGCAGUGCGUUCAAGAGUUUGACGAAGAAACAGUUAAGCAAUUGGACGGACCAUUUAGAGAGACCGUGCUAGACCCAAUUGCCAAGUUUGCCCAUUACUUUGUUGAAAUCGAUGAAGCAAUCAAAAAGAGAGCACACAAGAAGACGGAUUUUGAGCAAUGCAAAUCAAGAGUACGGCGAUUGAUCGAUAAGCCAGCAAAGGAUGCUGGUAAAUUGCCCAAAGCCGAGAAGGAACUCGCUAUGGCGAAAGAAAUUUACGAAAACCUCAAUAAGCAACUAAAGGACGAAUUACCACAAUUGAUUGCAUUGAGAGUACCAUUCUAUGAUCCUUCAUUCGAGAGUUUGGUCAAGAUUCAAUUGAGGUUCUGUACUGAAGGGUACUCGAGGUUGGCCCAAAUACAACAGUAUAUGGAUCCCGCGUCAAGAGACGAAUAUGCCAACGGUAUAUUAGAUGGCCGUAUUGACGAUCUACUUGGACAGAUGCAAACAUUGACCAUCACUUCUCUUGGUAAAUGA